CAAAACCUCAAGUGCACAUUCAUUCCUCAGUACUUAUCUACAUUUCUUCAUAUAAUUAAUUGCUUUGCUUAAUUUGUGUUUAGCACACUCUAAUUCACAAACUAGCAGCUUAAUUUCCCCACUUUCUGCAUUCUACCCCAUUUAAUUUUGACAUCAUCACUAUGGACAGGGUAACAAAAUUGGUAUCAGAGAGGCCAGUGGUGAUUUUCAGCAAGAGCACUUGCUGCAUGUGCCACACCAUCAAGACCCUCUUCUGUGACUUUGGGGUGAAUCCAGCGGUUCAUGAACUCGAUGAGAUACCAAGAGGUAGAGACAUUGAGCAAGCUCUUUCAAGAUUAGGAUGCAGUCCCUCUGUGCCCACAGUGUUCAUCGGUGGUGAGCUUGUAGGUGGAACCAAUGAAGUGAUGAGCCUUCACCUUAACCGGUCCUUGAUUCCAAUGCUUAAGAAAGCAGGAGCUCUUUGGGUUUGAUCAGAGAUAGUUCUUAAUUGACCCUCACAUGCAUCAGCCACAAAUAAACCCGUUUUGGUUAUAUAUAUAUAUAUAUAAUGAUAGGAUUAUAUAUCCAUAUUAUUAAUAUAGAGUUUAUGGCAUACUAGGUAAUAAAUAAGGCUAACUGCAGUUAAUUAGCCUUUUUUUUUGUUUA